AGGAUAUAGAUGGCCAUGCGAAAUGUGCGAACUGCGGCGAACGAAGACGCGCCCUGGACAGGAAAACAGUACCAGGGUGUUACCACCACAAAGACAGACCCAAGAAUAACCGCGGAAAACGAAAAAUAUAUCCUUGCUGUCAUCAGAGGAGGGGGUGUGUUGUUUUGGAUGCGCAUAAAUACCUGCCUGUUCCAGAAGGUCAGGCUGAGAUGUGGCGAUGUUCGAAACUUACACCUGCCCAGGAUGGAGUAAAGACGGCUCGAGCUGCUGUUUCAAUGGACUGUGAGAUGGUUGAGGUAGAAGGAGGCUCGAGUGAAGUUGCUCAGGUCUGUGCUGUGGAUAUUGUGACUGGGGAAGUUCUCGUGGAUACAUUUGUUGUACCAAAGAAGAAGGUGACAGACUGGCGGACUCCAUGGAGUGGGAUGUCAGAGAAGCGACUAAGGCAGAUGGUCAGCGCGGGGAGAACAGUGAAUGGAUGGGAAGAAGCUCGCGAAGAGCUCUGGAAAUAUGUCGACGAAAAUACCCUCAUGGUUGGGCAGGCACUCAAGCACGAUCUGGAAGUGAUGCGGAUGGUCCAUCUGCGUGUUAUUGAUACGGCCAUUGUCAGCAGAGAGGCAGUCGGGAAGAGCUGCAAAGAUUCUUUCGGACUGAAGACGCUAUGCAGUGACAUACUGAACAGGGACAUCCAGCCAGCCCAAGUGGGCCAUGACUGCAUGGAAGAUACGAUGGCUACUCGGGAAGUUGUUCUCUGCUGGGUUCAGAACCCAGAGAAAGUCCAUGAAUGGGCUGAGAAUCUUCGACUGAAAUCUGAGCAGAGUCGAAAAAACAAGGCGCGGAAGAAGGAAGAGAAGAGAGCCCAGCGAAACAUAUAAUAUGGCAUAAUAUAUGAUCACUUUUAUAUCGUUCAUAUGGUGUUUAAUUAUUUGCACAUCUAACCCUCGCACUAUACAAAGGAUAUAACACCAGGGGAGAUGAUCUCUGAGUCAUUUAAUAUGGUUGAAAUCAGGUACUGCAUCAGCAAUUCUUGUUUCACUUAUGGA